AACCCUGAACCCUAUAUGUCUUCCAUAUUCGCCUCUUAACAACGUUGUUUUGUCGGUUACAACAACAAUACACAAUCAGAGCAAUGGACAACGAGGUUGAAGAGAAACAACAUCGUACAGAACAACACGAACAAGAAGAGGAAGAAGUAGUAGUAGAAGAAGAAGAAGAAGAAGAGGUUUCGUGUUCUUCGGAUUCGGAAAUUGGGGAUGCGUUGGAUUGGUUGGAUUCGAAGGACGAGGAGGAAGUGUUUGAUGGUUCCUUCUCACUAAAUUCGAGGCGCCCCAACGCUCAUGGUGGCCACCAUCUCCAUUCAUCCACACUUCAACCUCUCUCCAAUCGUAACCAAAAGUUCUCCCAUCACAUUCGAGCUUCUCCCUUGGAGGAGUGGGAAGGAAGGAUGAAUGUUGGCAUGUCUAACUCUGUGACAACGGCGAUUCGUGGAAGCGUUCGAGAUAUGGCCAUUGGCAAAACUAAAACUACUGAGAAAGCAGACCGAGCCACUGUUGAACAGGCAAUUGAUCCUAGAACGCGCAUGGUUUUAUUCAAGAUGCUGAACAGAGGUGUGUUUCAUGAUAUCAAUGGAUGCAUUUCAACUGGAAAGGAAGCAAAUGUUUAUCAUGCAACCAAAUCUGAUGGUCAAGAACUUGCAAUUAAAAUAUACAAAACCUCUGUUCUGGUGUUUAAGGAUAGAGACAGAUAUGUGCAAGGAGACUACCGGUUUAGACAUGGAUACUGCAGGCAUAAUCCCAGGAAAAUGGUAAAAACAUGGGCAGAGAAAGAAAUGAGGAAUCUUAUGAGGCUAAAGGCAGCAGGACUUAGGUGCCCUACGCCAUAUCUUCUGAGGCUACACGUUCUGGUUAUGGAAUUUAUAGGAAAGACUGGUUGGGCUGCCCCUCGUCUUAAAGAUGCAUCUUUGUCCUUAGACAAGUUACGGGAAGGAUAUUUUGAGAUGAUUAUCGCGAUGCGGACAUUGUAUCAAAAGUGCAAAUUGGUGCAUGGUGACCUCAGUGAAUAUAAUAUACUUUAUUAUGAGGGUCACUUGUAUAUUAUUGAUGUUUCUCAAGCUGUUGAUCCGGACCAUCCUCAUGCCCUUGAUUUUCUGCGUGAAGAUUGUGCUCAUAUAUCUGAAUUCUUUAAAAAACAUGGUGUAGCUGUCAUGACAAAUAGAGAACUGUUUGAUUUUAUUGUUGAUGCAUCCAUUGCUGAUGAUGCUGUGGACAGUUAUUUGGAAGAGAUGCAACAAAAAAUUUUGGCAAGAGGAGAUGUAUCUGUGGAGGAUGAGAUUGCAGACUCUGUAUUUAUGCAGUCUUUCAUUCCAAAGACACUAGAGGAUGUUAAGAAUGCUGAGGAGGAUGUGCAACGGAUAACAAGUGGGAAAGACACUGGAGAUUUAUACUAUCAGACCAUUACUGGACUGAAACAUGCUCUAACCAAAGCACAGCCUUCACUGCAAAAUGACCAGCAACAGCAGAAAUCAAGUGCUACAGAAGGAGGCAACAAUGAGGAUGAUGCUGAGUCUCAAUCUGAUGAGGAUGAAGAUAAUGAAAGUGAUGCAGAAGAGACUUCAUCUUCUGAAAGUGAAGUAGAGAAUCCUGUGGAUAAGAAAGCUGCUAGAAAAGAUGCUAGAAAAGAGAAUAAGAAGAAGGUGAAGGAAGAGAAGAGAGAAGCACGUAAAAAUAAAGUCCCCAAGGCUGUCAAGAAAAGGAAGAAAAAGUUGGCUAAAGCCCGCAUGACCCGUUAGAUAGAAAAAAAAAAGAUCAAUUUUGUUCACUCAAUACUAUUUAUUUUAAGGAGAGGAUAGAAAGCAUGUGACAAUAUAGUCACCGGCCUAUGGUUUUCUAAGCAUUCCACAUACUGCUUUUCUGUAACAUAUGUCUGCAUUACCUGCUUUUCUCUAUACUCAAUUUCUGUUAAUUUAAGUGGAAUUAUGUGAUGGAAUUAAUUUUA